AUGUCAGUAGAAAAUGGCAAAAAGCUGUUUAUACAAAGAUGUGCAAUGUGUCAUACCCUAGAAGAAGGUGGAAAACAUAAGAAUGGGCCAAAUUUACAUGGUUUAAUUGGAAAAGAAGGGGGACAAAAACCAGGAUUCAAAUUUUCAAAAGCGAAUAAAGAAAUUGGCGUAUGGUCAGAAGCAAAAAUAGAUCAGUUCCUAGAAAAUCCUAAGAAGUUCAUGCCAGGCACAACUAUGUUAUUUCCAGGUAUAAAAAGUGCGAGUGACCGUAAAGAUUUAAUUGCUUACCUCAAGGCAGCCAUGUAA